GACCGGUGUCCUACAAGCAGCCAAACUGUGAAAGAGAGACAGAAAGACGGAGGGAAAGAUCAAUGGCGGAAGAAGGAAAGGCAGAUGAGCAACUCUUUGACCUCCUCUCUAAUCUCCUUCAGCAGGUUGAAGCACUAACCAAUCAAGAGGAAGUUGAAUUGCGUGCCAAAAUCGAAGCCCUUGGAUUAGAGGUUACAAAAGUUCCUUCAAAGUCUACACAGCCCCUUGACGAGCUGGAAAUAGCCAAGGAGUUGGAUAAAUUAUCAGCAAAGUUGGAUGAUGUGGAUGAGAUGAUAUCCUCAACCAUGGCUGAAGACCCAGAGGUUCGGUCUCUCCUGAGCAGUACUGCUGAUGUAUGGAUGCCGGUUAUAACUGCAACUUCUGAUGAAAGGCGAAAUUUUACAGCACCAGUUGAGGAUGAUAACCUUUAAAAAACAAGUUCUAAAUAGAUGUAUCCCCUUUCGUAUUGUAAUAAAAUGACCUUUUUCUUAUACUAUUGCAUUUCUGUCUUCGGCCAUUUUUUCUACUUUGGAACCAUCUUUCUGAAUCAUCCAACAUUACUCUAUAUAAAGAAUGAUAAAGAUGAUGAUAAUUCUCUUGGCAGACA